UGGUUUGAUUCUUUUGCAAUGGCGUCUAUUAACGCUGAGAAGUUGUGUGGAUUCCUAUUUCACUGUGAUUGAGUCAUGAAUCUAGCUUCACUUUACUUUGUCACGAUCUUGGUUUUGUUUCGAUUCUCUUGCUCGUGCUUUGUUUUUGGAAGUGUGGUUGGAAGUUGAGCUCUGUUGAGUUGAUGAUUAAUGGGAGAACAACAUUGUGUAUCCAGUCUCGCAAGCAACAGAACAAUUUUCAGCUCAAUCAGUUUAUCUUCACUGAGGUUGAAUCUAUAGUUCUUUUGAUCGGAUUUACUUUGUCGCAAGCAAUGAAAAAGUCCUUAUUUUUAACUGUCCAUCUUGUUGCUGAGGUGAGAAGAAUGGAACAAAAUAUAUCUGAGUUUCUCACACAACAGAUGUGGGAUUCCAAGAACAUGAUGUGCGCUGCUGACCCAAGGCACGGUCGCUACCUUACUGCGUCGGCCAUGUUCAGGGGCAAGAUGAGUACCAAGGAGGUCGAUGAGCAAAUGAUAAAUGUGCAGAACAAGAACUCCUCCUACUUUGUGGAGUGGAUUCCGAAUAAUGUGAAGUCCAGCGUGUGCGACAUUCCUCCCAAGGGGCUUUCCAUGGCUUCCACAUUCAUUGGGAAUUCAACUUCCGUCCAGGAAAUGUUUAGGACGGUGAGCGAGCAGUUCACUGCCAUGUUCAGGAGAAAGGCUUUCUUGAACUGGUAUACCGGUGAAGGAAUGGACGAAAUGGAAUUCACCAAGGCGGAGAGCAACAUGUAUGAUCUCGUGUCUGAGUAUCAGCAAUAUCAAGAUGCAACUGCCGACGAGGAAGGUGAUUAUGAAGAUGAGGAGGAGGAAAUACCAGAUGACAUGUGAGAGUUAGCAGCGGAAGUGUAAUGGAUGCAUGAGUGUUCAUUAUUGCGUUAUUACGUGUUUGCCAUAGUAUCAACGGGCUAUUGGACCGGUAGGGAAAAGAAUUUGCCAAUAUCAUUUUGGAAUGUCUAGGGUCGGGUGGUGUUCGCGAUAUCCUUUUUCCUUGUUGUUGGUUCCAAAUGUGUUGUCCUUUUUCUCUCAUGCUACAGAUAACAACAUUUCAUGUGAAUCUAUCAUAUGUUCAUCUGCUAUCUCCAUUUUUUUCAUCUCCAUGGAAUUUUAGUGGUU